UCAGAGGAGCGGGGAGGAAGGCGCCCCCGAGGGGCGGUGGUGGAAAUCUACGGCGAUCCGAAGAUCCAGUCACCCCCCCCCAGGAGAGAUCCAAGAGUUUAUACUCCAGCAGUCAUGUCAGUCAGUGUCCACGAGAACCGUAAAUCCAGGACCAGUACCGGCUCAAUGAACAUCUUGCUUUUCCACAAAGCCUCCCACUCAGACUGUGUCUUGUCUCACCUCAAUACUAUGAGAAAGCACUGCAUGUUCACUGAUGUCACGCUCUCUGCAGGGAAUAAAUCUUUUUCAUGUCACCGAGCAGUGUUAGCUGCUUCCAGUAGAUAUUUUGAAGCCAUGUUCAGCAAUGGCCUUCGUGAGAGCUUAGGGGAUGAAGUUAAUUUCCAUGAUAGCCUUCAUCCAGAGGUGUUGGAGCUGCUGCUGGACUAUGCUUACUCAUCCAAGAUCAUUAUCAAUGAGGAGAAUGCAGAGUCCCUCCUGGAAGCUGGAGACAUGUUGCAGUUUCAUGAUGUCCGAGAUGCAGCUGCUGAGUUCCUUGAGAAGAACCUUUGUCCUUCCAAUUGCUUGGGAAUGAUGGUCCUUUCAGAUGCUCACCAGUGCAAGAGACUUUAUGAGCUCUCUUGGAGGAUGUGCUUGGUCAACUUUGAGACAAUCCACAGGAGUGAUGACUUUAACAACCUCUCCAAAGAUACGCUGCUGGACUUGAUUUCCAGUGAUGAGCUGGAAAUUGAGGAUGAGGAGAAGGUCUUCAAGGCAGUUAUCCACUGGGUGAAAUAUGACUUAGGCAAAAGGAAGCCUUUUCUUCCAGAGCUGCUAAAGAAUGUGCGAUUGGCAUUGCUGCCUUCUGAAUGCCUCAAAGAAGCCAUGGCCUAUGAGGAGCUGAUCACAACAGAGGAGGAGAACAAGGAAAUCAUGGGUGAGGCUCUUCGGUGCAAGAAGAAAAUCCUGCAGAAUGACGGGGUGGUCACCAGUCCUUGUGCCAAGCCCCGCAAAGCUGGGCAUACUUUGCUCAUCUUAGGUGGGCAGACAUUCAUGUGUGACAAAGUUUACCAAGUAGACCACAAGGCAAAAGAGAUCAUCCCUAAAUCAGACCUACCCAGCCCACGGAAAGAGUUUAGUGCUUGUGCCAUUGGCUGCAAAGUUUACAUUACUGGAGGGAGAGGCUCAGAAAAUGGUGUAUCCAAGGAUGUCUGGGUCUAUGACACGGUUAAUGAAGAAUGGUCCAAAGCUGCUCCAAUGCUUAUCGCUCGGUUUGGACAUGGUUCAGCUGAGCUAGAGAACUGCCUCUAUGUAGUGGGUGGUCACACCGCAGUGGCGGGGGUCUUUCCUGCUUCUCCUUCUGUUUCGCUAAAGCAGGGGGAGAAGUAUGAUCCGGUUGCCAACAAGUGGACCAUGGUUGCUCCCCUGAGGGAUGGUGUCAGCAAUGCAGCAGUUGUCAGCGCACGGCUCAAGCUCUACGUGUUUGGUGGAACCAGCAUUCACCGGGACAUGGUGUCCAAAGUCCAGUGCUACGACCCCAUCGAGAACCGGUGGACUAUCAAAGCUGAGUGCCCCCAACCCUGGCGUUACACAGCAGCUGCUGUCUUAGGCAGCCAGAUUUUUAUCAUGGGUGGAGACACAGAAUAUACUGCAGCCUCCGCUUACCGUUUUAACUGUGAAACAGACCAGUGGACACGGAUUGGGGACAUGACAGCUAAGCGGAUGUCCUGCCACGCAUUGGCUUCAGGAAACAAGCUUUAUGUGGUGGGGGGCUACUUUGGGACACAGAGAUGCAAAACACUGGAUUGUUAUGACCCUACCUCAGAUACCUGGAACUGUAUCACCACAGUGCCUUACUCCCUCAUCCCCACAGCUUUUGUUAGCACAUGGAAACACUUACCGGCUUGACAGUCAAGAGCAUUGAUUAUAGCGGAGCACCAAGAGAUGCAGCAGUUUUAUUCAGCCAUCAAUGGAAGCCACACCAGCAGCUGGAGACACCAGCUUUGCUUUCUGACUGCUCCCACAAAAUCCGGUCUAUUGGUAUGCCAUCUUGGGAUGUCGGCCUGUUCCCAAGGUUUGGAUGGAUGGAAAGGCUGAGCAAUCCUGUUGACUUUCUCUAAGGAAAAGCGAACAAAGCAGCAAAGAAGUCCUUCUAUAGGGACAGUCUUGCAGGUAUCACUUUGGUUCCAGGUGGUAUGGAGAAGUAGCCCAGUAGCCUUAAAAAGCCUUGAUGAUUUCCAUUCAAGGACUUCAGAAACUCUCUCCUGCAGGGAGAUUGAAGCACAACCAUCUCAGAAAGGGCUUGAAUUGCACCAAAUUAUUAUUAUUAUUAUUAUGGUUGGUCGCAUAGUCAACCAGAUGUUGUUGUUGUUGUUAUUAUUAUUAUUAUUUGUACUUUAAUGUUACCAGGAGUUCUAGUAAAUGUUAAUAAAACUG